AUAAGAUCCAACGGUGUAAAAUCACGAUCCAAUCUGGGCACUACAUUUCUUGCUCUUUGACAGCUUUACUAUAAACAUUCUCCCUCCCCUCUAUAACUUCAUCUCACUUCGAACUCCAUCUCAACUAUUUCUUUCCUGCGAAAUAAAACUCCAUUUUUUUUAGAGAGAGAAAGUUAAAAAAAAUCUAACAAUGGAUUCCACUGGAGGAAAGGCAAAGAAAGGAGCAGCCGGAAGGAAAGGAGGAGGCCCAAAGAAGAAGCCAGUUUCAAGGUCAGUUAAAGCUGGUUUGCAGUUUCCAGUUGGAAGAAUUGGAAGGUAUUUGAAGAAAGGAAGAUAUGCUCAACGUGUUGGUACCGGUGCUCCCGUUUAUUUGGCUGCCGUUCUUGAGUACCUUGCAGCUGAGGUGUUGGAGUUGGCUGGAAAUGCAGCAAGAGACAACAAGAAGAAUAGAAUCAUCCCAAGGCACGUUCUUCUUGCAGUGAGGAACGAUGAUGAGCUUGGAAAAUUGUUAGCUGGAGUAACAAUUGCUCAUGGAGGUGUUCUUCCAAACAUUAAUCCGGUUUUGUUGCCAAAGAAGACUGCAGAGAAGACUCCCAAAGAGCCUAAAUCUCCAUCCAAAGCCACCAAAUCACCAAAGAAAGCUUAGAUCUGUUGAUGUUAGUGAUAAUUUGUUGGUGGAAUUAGGGAAAAAUUAAAUGAAGUUGGAACUGUAUUAAUGUUUUUGUAUGUAAUGUUAGAUGUUAAAAUUAGGGUUUAUGAGACGAUAGGGUUUUAGUAUCUUGGUUGUAUAGGAAUUGAAUCAAUAGUUUUUUGAUUCGAUUUCUCUAGUGUUAUUGGAUUACUCAUUUAUAAUACUAUCUUUUCCUCAA